AUGACGGAAGCUUUACCCAAAGGUAUCGUCUUGCACACCGCACGUAUUAGUUCCGAGAUCGAGAACUUUGGCGGUAUAGACGCUGAAGAUCUCGCAAAGUUAUGGCGAGUCUACACCACCAACAGGUCCACUUUGAAGGAAGAUGAGGGGAGGCGAUUGGAGAAUCUAUUCUGGAGAAUAUGGAGCAACCAAUCCAUUUUCCGUUCUCUUCAAGGCACCACGUUAGCUAGACUCUUCUUACAUAUCGCUGAAGGAGAAAGCAUCACCAGAUUGAGCCCGCGAAGAUUACGAGAAGUCUCUCAAUCAACGCCGCGGAUUUCGUCAAGGCGACAAACCCCAGCUUCAUCUACUAAAUGCCUUCAGCCACAGAGUCCCACCCGAAAAACCACUCUGAGAAAUAGCCUAAGGGUAUCUCGGAAGUCAUCAGGACCUGCGAGUCGGGCACCGCUGCCUCCUCCUAUCUUGAAGAAGUCGCGACAAGUAUUUGAUGAGUCGCAGAAGACGCCCAAAACUUCUGUGAUUAAUAGUACUGAGGUUGGCACGUCACAUAACUCACCUACAUCUCCCUCUCUAAUCGUAGGUCAUGAAUCUCCUAUGGGAGAAUCCGCGUCUGAGAGGCCACAAAGGAAAAAGACUACGUUUGCAACAAAUUUGACGACGAGGGAAGUUGAGCCGGUGCCGGUGACAGUGCGAAAGAAAUCUCCUUCGCCCACUUCAGCGCUUGUAGAUUCAAGGUAUUCACCAAGCGCUUCAUCCCCAAGACCAAUUCAGGACUCGGAUUUCUACGGGCCACCUGCGUCUAAAGAGCAGGAAAUUCUAUUACCAGAUAGUUCCGCAGUGUCCAUAAGUCCUACCCCAACCUACACAAACCCACACCCCUGGCUGGGUCUAGCUAUGCAGCGACGGGGUCCUACCUCAAACUCCACAACGCACCCCACCGCUACCGUUCCAAGCAAAUAUAGGCAUGACCAAUGGGCUCAGCUACAGAAGUGCAGCAAUAGAUCGUCUACCGCGCAAGAUGUGCAACCUUCUGGAGUUACCUUGGUAGACAAGAAUUUCCGUGCGCGCUUCGUUGAGAAACGAUCACAAAAGUCACGCACACCAUCUUUCACUAACGUAGGCAGUUUGUUAUCCAUGAAAGGAGAAAACAAGGAGAACACUAUCACAACAGCUAUGUCGAGAAAUAUGGAUCCUUCGCACUCUCAGGACUGUCAAUCACCAGGUAUAGUGAACGCGAUAGAUUUUAAUAUUGUUGGAAACGGGGGAGUUAUAUCAGAAGGAAAAUCCCAUACGCAACAACCACCUCUUUUAGACAAAUAUUCGACAAAGGAGGACGAUGAAGAUGAUAUAGAUGGAGAGUGGGAGGAUAUCGAUAGUAUGGACGGCCUCGGAGAAACAGAUUCAUCACAGCCAUCGCAGCAGCAACCACAAGCGCCAUUCCCGAAAAGCGGCACCCGAUGCUAA